GGAGGAGCUGAGCUAGUGUGAGAGAGCGCCUCGUUGUUAUUCUGAUCACAGGCUCCUCUGAUUCACAGACUUGGAGCCGAUCGUGAAUAUAAGAGAAGACUUUUGACGUCAGAGUAGAGAUAUCAGCAGACCCAAAGGGGGGGAGGGAAUAUUAAGAGCAACUCGGCUGGCAGAGACCUGCCAGCGUUAUUAGCCAUGUUAACCAGAGAAUGAAGCCUUAACUCCGAGGACUGAGAAGGAUUUAGCAGGGAGGACAACUGACCAAAGAAUUGAAAACCAAGUGAUGCUCGGUCACCCUACAGCAGCCGCAGCAGCCAUGGAAGAGCACUUGCUGAUGCAGCAGCAAAGUCUGGAGCAGCAAGAGCAGGAGCAACUCUUAGCGCUCCUCAACGCCUCCUCCCGGCCCUUCGCCAGCCUCUGGCCGCCGUCGGUCGCCUCUGCCACUGCGGGGAGCCCUUUGGAUCUGUCUCCGGCGCCAGGAGACAGCGGGGAUGUGGCCGCGGCGGCCGUGGCGGUCAACCCGUGGGACAUCCUGCUGUGCGCCACGGGCACCGCGAUGGCCUGCGAGAACGCCUUGGUGCUGGCGGUGCUCUUCUACACUCCCGGUCUGCGCGCACCCACAUUCCUGCUCAUCGGCAGCCUGGCUCUAGCCGACCUGCUGGCCGGCCUGGGGCUCAUCGUCAACUUCAGCGUGCAGUACUUGCUGUCCUCGCCAAGCGAGACUGCCCUGCUGAGCGCCGCCGGCCUGCUGCUGACUGCCUUCUCCGCCUCGGUGUGCAGCCUACUAGCUAUCACCGUCGAUCGCUACCUGUCGCUCUACAACGCGCUGACUUAUCACUCGGAGCGCACGCUGACCUUCACGGCCGCUAUGCUGGUGCUUGUCUGGCUGUUCUGCCUGGGCGUCGGACUCCUGCCCCUGCUAGGCUGGAACUGCCUGCGGGAGCCCAGCACCUGCAGUGUCCUCCGGCCCGUUACCAAGAAUAACGCCACUGUGCUGGCCGUCGCUUUCCUGCUCAUUUUCGCGCUGAUGGUGCACCUCUACCUGCAGAUCUGCAAGAUCGCCUUCCGGCACGCCCAGCAGAUCGCCAUCCAGCACCAGUUCAUCGCCACCUCUCAGGCCACCUCCACCCGCAAGGGGAUCGCCACGCUCUCGGUCAUCUUGGGCACCUUCGCCCUCUGCUGGAUCCCGUUGGCCAUCUAUUCCCUGGUGGCGGACUCCAGCUACCCAGCCGUCUACACCUAUUCUUUGGCCCUGCCGGCGGCGUUCAACUCGCUCAUCAACCCCAUCAUUUAUGCCUUCAGAAAUCCGGACAUCCAGAAAUCCCUCUGGGUGGCCUGCUGCGGGUGCAUCACCUCCGGCUUCUCCUCUCGGCCCAGGACAUCCAGCGACGGAGGGAGGCCUGGCGAAAGACUCGGACAUUUGCCAAAAUCUGUGGCCAAUGUGGAACACCAAGUGUAAACUGCAAGAUAAUGUUUCAAAACAUAACAAAUCUUGUUCUGCUUUCUUGAUUUAUUUUUUCGCCUCUAAAAUUUCUUCUCCUUUGAUUGAAAGCAGGAUUCUCAGGAAAGGCGUUUGCGGGGAGCGGGCGGGGGUUUCUUCUGCUUUUUUUUUUUAAAAAAAAAGUUGCCUGAUUUUAUUCUGCGGGUACAAGUUUUUUAAAAAAUGGGUCAUGUGAAUUCAGCCUCUGAGUUUCUUUUAGUUAGUUGUGGAGACUGGAGCGUAAGAGGAGGUUUUGCCUUGACUCCGGGGUCUAGGGCACUCAGGGCUCUUCUCUGAAUGAAGCACACGUUUUCGAAACAGGGCGUGAAUGUAAGCGCGGGAGCAGGAAGCCAGACACAAACAGUUAAAUGUUUGCUUCCCUUUAUUAAUGUCGAAUAUAAAGAUAGCAAAAGCAAAACCAAAAUUAUAAACAGAUAGUUUGCAGGAAUAUUUCCAGAGAAAAACGUGGGCUGCUCCGUUUGGAGUUUCCAUUUUUAUCCUAAUCAAAUUUUGAUCCUCUAUGCAAUAUCAAUAGCCAUUUAAAAACAAAUAAACCGAGACGUCGUGGGAUGAGUGGAAUCUGCCAGAUUCCUUCUCAUCCCAAAGACGUGUCAGCACCAUCAGGACUGGACAGCUCCGCGGAAGUCGCAAUCAAACAGUAAAAUGCUACCCGCGUAGAGACUUAUUUAAAAAGCACACAGGCUUCUGUUUUGAAAAAAAAAGAUAGUGUGUAGUGUGGAUUUAUUAGCCCCGGGCAAAGGAGAUGGGCCGGGUUGAGUCAGAUAAAAAUAACUGCCAUUCCUCGUCAUUGCCUCCCCACCUUCCCUCUAGCCCUCAUAAAGAUUGCACAACUCAACAACUCAUGAGUUGACUGAGAAGGUUGAAUGGCUGUUCCAUUAUCCUACUGUGGAGCCAGUACUCUAAGGGAGUCCACAGAAAUGAACGCACCUUAAAUUCGUGUAUCACUGUGUGAGAUUAUAGAGUAACCAUUUAUUUCCUGCAAAGUUCUUUAUUUAUUUGGACUUAAAAGUGACCCCAGAGAUAAUUGGGGCUACACAGACUGACCUAAAAUGGAAAGGAAAGAGCAGAUGUGGGAGAAUAGGGUUGAUAUGAUUAGGAAGCCCAGUUAGUUAACUUUAAGUUUUAAGGAAGAUGAGAGGUACUACUCUGCAAAACUACCAACCCUAUUUAGUAGGAGGGAAGGAGAUGAGAGACUGGGGCCUUCAGCUUCGCCAGUCUUAUUGUUCUGCAUACCUGAAGCUACUAAAGUAACAUGUCUGAAUAGGCACUCUUUGCUAAACUCUUUUCCUCUAUGUAUGAUGUCAUUUGUGAUGUGAAAUCAGGCAGGGGGACAUAAAGUGACCUUUAUAAUGGGAUGCAGCGUGGCCAAGAAAGGGAAUGCAGUCAGGUCAUUUAGGAAAGAGAAUUAAAAGCCCUAUGGAAGAAUCAGUGAGAUUAAGCCAGAAAACAACUGUGGUGAUAGAGACUGCAAUUCACCCAAUGGCUUGCAUGACUUACUUGUGACAGAUGCAAUCCUGCACCAUUAAAGUUAAAAGGAACUUUGCUAUUGAUGACAAUAGGAACAGGAUUGUUCCUAAGUGUGUUGCUCUUCUGUGUAUGUAUGUUUGUGUGUGUGUGUUUAGGUCAGCCAGCAAUUUGAGGCUUAGAUGUAGUAGACAAGAUAUAGCCACACAGAACAUUAUUUUCUUCUAUUUUCUGCUAUGCUGUAUCUUCACCUUAUGCAUGCACACAAGUGCAAAAAUGCAGAAAUGUGUCUCUUAUGUUUGAAUAAUUCCUUUUGUAGCAUCCACAAGCAAAUUCCUCAAUGAUACUUAUGUCAAAAUUUUGAUGCCUUUGACAGACUAGGUUUCAGCUGCAUAUAUGCAUAUUUUUUGCUUUCCAGGAUGUUUUUCUUGUGCCCAAAUUUUGUGCAGACCUGCAACAUUGCAUCCCUGUGGUGUAUGCAUUGGUCAGACACAUGCAAAAACAAAACCCAACCUCAGCUGAGUCAAGAAGAUAUUGCAUCACUGUGGGAAUCUCUGUUUACUUUACUUUUUCAUGUUUAUUUGUUUUGUUCAUAAAACUUAUCCCAAAAAUUACUUUGUGCAAACCAAGAGAUUUGCUGGGUUACAACCUAGAAAUGCAGUACAGCUCAGUCUGUGCACGGGUGUUUCCUUACUAAUCCACACAAAAAAUGCUAAGGGAAACCUAUGCAGCAGAUGUGGUUUGCCUUAGUAGGCAUCCCUUUGUGAAUGUAGCUACCCACCCCCAAAAGAAAGAUGCACAAUUUUUAGAUGGUUUUUAAAACUAGGUUACAUAACACUUAUCUGCUCUACAUUUAUUAAUUCUAGUUUGAUUAGCAACUCCUGAACAUAAAUGCACAAAUUCUUUCCAACCACCACACCACUCCCUCCACCCCAACACCUUUAUCUCCUUACAGGAAUGUUGCUUUACACAGUUCAUUCUUCGUUUUCUAAGUUGUAUAAAAAUAAAACUUUUGUGAAACUUGUGCAUCUUACCUACCUGAAGGUCUUAGAAAGAAAAACACCUUUGACUUGAAUGACUGUUGUAGAAGAGCUUAGUUGUGUACGCACACUGGAAAUAGGUGUGAUGUGGAAAGUGGGUGUUGUUGUAUACAGAUUACCCCUUAUGGUAUAGGUGGGAACUUCAGGCCUGGCCCUCAAAUCUUUCCCUAGGUUACACUUCUCACUAGCCCUGCUGCACACCCUUAAUGUUUUUCUCUGGCUGGGAUGUGUCCUAGAAUCAUAGAACUGUAGAGGUGGAAGGGACACCAAAUGUCAUCUAAUCCAACCCCAUAAAAUCCAAGAAUCUUAGCUAAAGGAUCCCUGGCAGGUAGCCAUCCAAUCUUUAUUUAAAAACCUCCAAUGAAGGAGAGUCCACCACUUGCCAAGGUAGGCUGUAACACUGUCAAAUAAGUUCACACAGUCAGAAUGUUUAGUUAGACUCUCUUGUAAUUUGUAUCAUUGAACUCUGAUCAUGCCUCUUGCUUGUCUUGACAGGAUAGAGAGGGGUGUCUGAGUCUCUGUGUAGAAACAAGCAGAAUGUAGAAAGGUAAAAUUUGCAUUUGUUCCUCCACUCACUUUUGCCUCAGGUCCCUCCAACAACCAGCAUGGUCUCACUGUUCCCCUGGGGGCCAGUGAAAAGACAAAACAGUGUGGGGAAGCCAUUCUUUGGCGCAAGAAGUGCUACUUGUUGAAUGGAAUGUCCACACGUUUACCCUCCAAAGAGAUAUAAAUGUACAGCAAUCAUUCCAUUUGGUGAAACCAAGUCCCUGCAAUGCACUUUAUAGAUGAGUGGGGAAAAACAAAAAACCAAUGCUAUUAUUGCACUGUAUGGUGUAUUAAACUGAUACAUUCAUCUGUUAAGAGUAAUUUAUUUUUAUUACUGUACAUAAAAUGCUAAAGUGAUUUGUCAAAACGAUACUUAAAAUUAUUUUUAAAAGAAGAUUAAAGAGAGAUGUUGACUUCUGGGGCAUUGGCCCUGAUAUGUGCCAAUAUUCUUGUGUCUUUUGCUUUUUUAGAUUUGUCUUAAUAAAUGUCAGCAAUGAUCUUG